AGGGAGAAGAAAACUGCACCAUCAAAUCCUUUUUGUUUCUUGAAAGACCAGAAAGGACUGGUUGUUUCAGGACUGAAAGUUUUUGAUCAGAUUGCUGAGAGAUUCAAGAUACAAAUGCAAUCUGAGAAAUUUUGGAUCUUUUGGUAGCAUAUUGAUUGAAAAUAUACGUUCAGGGGUUGAUGGUGUAUCCAUUCUGAAAUGGUUAAGUUGAGAUAACGCAAGGAGAACGGAAGGAUGUUGAGCUGUUUCUCGUGUUGCAUGUCAGAAGAGAAAAUUCAACAAAACUCCGUGAAGAAGGCUCCAGAAUUUAAGGACACAAAACCCUUGACCUCGAUCUCAAAUUUAUCCCUCAAAACUGAUAGCAGCAGGAGAAGGUAUGUAGAUGGAGAAAUAGAAAAACUUGGAAAGAACAACAUUGCUGCAGAAAAUUUCACUUUCGAAGAGCUGUCAGCGGCAACUCAAAACUUCAACCCUGAAAUGAUGAUAGGUGAAGGCGGCUUUGGUAGGGUGUACAAAGGCCACCUUGAAAGAAAGAAAAUUGAUAUUGCAGUGAAGCAACUCGAUAGAAAUGGUUUCCAAGGAAAUAGAGAAUUUCUAGUGGAAGUUUUGAUGUUGAGUCUUCUUCACCAUUCCAAUCUUGUCAAUCUAGUAGGAUAUUGCUCUGAGGGAGAGCACAGAAUUUUAGUCUACGAGUACAUGGCCAAUGGUUCCUUGGAGGAUCACCUCCUAAAUUUAGGUCCAAACAAAAAGCCUCUUGAUUGGGACACGAGGAUUAAAAUUGCAGAAGGAGCAGCAAGAGGACUUGAAUACUUGCAUGAAACAGCCAAUCCUCCAGUGAUUUACCGAGAUUUUAAGGCAUCCAACAUACUUUUAGACAGCAACUUCAACCCCAGACUCUCUGAUUUUGGGCUUGCCAAGCUUGGUCCUGUCGGAGGGAGACCUUACGUUUCAACGAGGGUGAUGGGAACCUACGGCUAUUGUGCACCUGAGUAUGCAUCCUCUGGUCAGUUGACUACCAAGUCCGACGUUUACAGCUUUGGAGUCGUGUUCUUGGAGAUGAUCACUGGCAGAAGAGUCAUCGACCAAGCAAAACCAAGUCAAGAGCAAAAUUUAAUUGAAUGGGCACAACCAUUGUUGAAAGACAAGAAAAAGUUCCAUCUGAUGGCGGAUCCAUUGCUAAAUGGGAACUAUCCCGAAAAGGCACUUUAUCAAGCUCUUGCAGUCGCAGCAAUGUGCCUGCAGGAGGAUGCCAGUACUCGCCCUAUGAUCACCGAUGUUGUUACUGCACUAGAGUUUUUGUCACUAGACAAAAACCAAGAAGGAGAGAAUGGUGAUAAAUAAUAGAUCCCCAGAAAAUGGUGGUGUAGAUAAUGUCUAAACAUGAACAAACUCAGAAAUAGUUAUGUUUAGGAGACAGAUUUUUGUCAGUUUAUAAAGACAAAUUUUGCAAUUUCUGAGUGAAAUUUGAACAAUCUUUUCACUGUAAAAUAUAAAAUCAUCUUGGGAGAUAUAAUGGAAUGUAGCUUAAACGUAUCUAUCUAUUCAGGUGAAAGUGCUACUAAUGGUUAGUGGUUUCAAUAAUUCCAUGGACCCAAUAGGUUGAGCUUGAUUGAGAUGACUUACCUUCCAUUCUUGGAUUCUAGAAGUCAGUUUCUUGCCUUAACAAAAUGGUUGGCGUUAAUAUAAACAAUACAACCAAACAAUUGCAUGCACAUAAAAAUGCAAGCAAGAAACUCUGAAUCCCAAUAUUAUGAGUGAAGACUAAUGCAACACUCAACACCCCGUCAUAUUGUAAUCAUAGUAUACAUGUGGUAAACUGUUCUUACAUAGAGGUUUGACCUUCAAUCUGUAGAUACAAAAUAUCUAAUAUAUCCACU